AUGAAAAGUCCUCAUAGUAGCCUCCGCUUGGUUAUCCCAACAGCUCAACAGAUCAUUUCUGUCCCAGUGCAGCUGUCGGAAACUCGACGAUCGCAAUGCUCCUCGUUCAUAGAGCUUCACCAUCAGCUCGAGCAUGAGCUUGAUAACCAAACACCUGAUUUGAAGGAUUUCUACGAUUGGCAGCAGCAACUCAAAGAGCAUCAGCAGCAGCAACUCAAGGAGCACCAGCAGCAAAACAACCAGUAUUACUUUCUUCGACGGUUUUCUCGUGCAUCUACUGUUGACAUGAACCAGUCACUCUCUAUGGUUGCGCUAUCUGCAACCACACAGUCUUCGCCCAUUUGGUAUGCAUCGUGUCUCUACAGCAAUGGAGCCGUGAGCACGUCCAUGUCUACCAUUCUUAGCGAGUCCAGCUGCCACAGUGCUCGUACUCCGUAUGACAUUCCAAUUGAUUUGAGUAUACCCUCUUCUACCACAACAUACAAGCGUUCUCACAGUGUUUCAAUAUCUCGAUCAAUGCAGAUGAUUGACGGAUUGCUAGCUGAUUUGGACAUGUCAGUCAAUACCAUAGAUGAACAUCACGAAUGUUUAAAAAACUCCGACUCCACAAUGAUACCUACAACUUCUUUGCGCAUCCAGCCAUUUGAUAUGCUUUAUCGCCGCAGCUCAAAUGUCUAG